AUGGCAGACCAGCUCAUGUCGAAAGAGGAUCUAUCCGCCUGGCGAUCAAAGUUGAUCGACAAGAAAACUACUCUUGGCCGUCAAUUAUCAUCUCGCCUUGAUCGUAUAGAACGUCAAAUUGUUAUCCAACCCACAGCCGAACAAUUCUCUUCCGCUGGAAACAUCAGUGAAUAUUUGAGGAAGCAAAAAGGAACGGAUCCAGUACCGAUCGCCAAAUGGUGGAGAGACAAUCACGAGGUUGAAGAUGAGAGAAGUAGAGCAGUGAUUCAAGGGAGUUUCGAUUAUUUGAGUAAAUAUGCGGAAUAUUGUAGAUCGAAUGAUCAGGCCUCGAAGGAGCCCAACUCACAUAUGUGGCACAGCGAGACCAUGCGAUUACUAGGUUCGAGAGAGAAUUUCCUAGCUUCCUUUGGUGAGGCAGGUCAUAGAUUUAUGAAUCAAGUGGAAAGUGCCAUCGUCCUAAAACCAAAUCAUCGAUCAUUCAAGAGACUUAAUCAUCUCAUACAAGAUCCAAAAUAUUCAGAAAUUUAUGAAUCAUUUAGAUCGAAAAAUCCAGAACUAGCUUCGGAAGGAGUUAGGUAUCUGAUCGAUUAUGCAGACAGAGAAAGAAGGUCAAGAGAUUCUGCUAAAUUGUCGGCAAAGUUAUCAAAAUGGAAGAAACCUAGAAUGAACGAUGAUUCGACUGUUGAUUCAAACUCGAAUUCGAAUGAACUUGAUUUGGGAAUCACUUCAAUACCUGAAAAUUUAGGUCACGCCGGAGAAGAGCUUUUUCAACGACUGACAGCAGAUGCAAGUAUAAAUCCUUUCAGUGAUCAAUUCAGGGAUCAAGAUACCUUGAGGGGGUUUUUGAGUAGACCAGUACCUGAAGAGAUGAGCUACGUUCAAGAUGUCGAUCCAAAUGUGACUACUCAGAUCCAAGGGUAUAUCUCUGAUUUUGCUAGAGGUCAAAGGGAUAUACAAGGUCAGAUGAUCAGAGGUUUGUCAAUGCUGUCUGAGCAGGAAUCAGGACAACCCCCCACGGAUGGUCUGGGCCUGACGAGUCCCCAGGUUGCCUUUGGGCAAGGAAUCGCCGGACUGGGAUCUGCUGGAAUGUCAUCGAAGAGUCGCGAUACUGAGCAUGUACCUGAAACUAUUUCAGAACUAGAACGAGAACCAUCUGUUCACGACCAAGAAGAGCGUGUGAAGUCUUUCGAAGAGGAAUUCGGUUCGAACCACACAGGCAUGGGUCGAUAUGGUCGAGAAUACCUUGAAAGACUCCAAAAAUAUAUGGGAAGUGAUAAAUUCCAAGCCAAUAAAUUCACAGAUAAAGAUACAGUUAUCGGGAAUUUCUUCUCAUUGGCGAAAUGGUCAAAUUACUACAAGGUCGUUAAUGAAAAGAAACCUGAAUUUACUGAACAAUUGGUGGAUUACACUCUCGAGCUCGCUCAGAAGAGGAUACAAAGUGAUCAAGCACGGAACGAUACUCUUUUAGCGGAUUUGCAAAGUUCUUCAAAAGAACAGGAUGAAGAUAACUUUUCAGCUGAUUUAUUGAAAUGGAGCAAAUUCCAAGCUGAUUAUAGGGAUACGAAGACAGGGUUAGGUGACAAGGGAGCAGAGCAAUUACGUGUGUUGAGGAAUUAUAUUAUCAGAUCUGGAUCUGAUCGGGUAAAGUAUACCACUGAAGAAGGUGUGAGAUCCAUACUGACCCAACCGAGAUGGCACGCAUAUCCCAAGUUGGAAAAGACCGAUCCUGAGCGAGCGAAACAACUCUUGGAAUUCGGAUCAUGGUACUCUCGUCAAUUGAUCUCGGAUAGAGAAGCGAAGAGCCUCACUUUGAGUGUGAAAGAUAUCGAAAUGAUGGAAAGUCGAUUGGCCAACCAACCUGAUUCUCAAGGAGGUACAUCAAGUGGUCGAAAGCGUCAAAGACAAGCUACACCUUCAAGCGAAAGUGCGAGUUCAACAGGACACCAGAUGACGGAAAGAAGAACCCCUGAUCGUGCUUCCCAGAGUAACUUUUCUGAAUCGCAAAGAGUGGCUGAUGGGCUGCACAAAUUCGAUGAAGAACAGAUGAGAAUACAUCGUUUGACACUUUUCGGCCUGUACCCCUCGCUGGAGACUGAAGAUGACCCGGCAGGUGAAGGAGCCUCAGCCCAGGAGCAAAAGGCGGACAGCGAAGAAGAUCUUAACCUGGAUGAUUAUCCCGUGGAUCGACAGAGGGAAAGAAUCGCUAGACACUUGCUAUUCAGUGAUGUCCCUCAGACUCCCUUCUUCGAUGACUAG